AUGGAUGAAGGUCGUCAUCAUGUUAGUCAAAAGGAACUUGGUUUUAGAAAACCCGAGAUCUUCAACGGUUCAGACCGUUCGAAGCUCAGGGAAUUUAUAAACCAAUACAAGAAUUACAUGGCUGGAAAUAGCCAUGUCUACCAAGAGGAUAAUCAGAAGAUUGCAUUCGUGCUGUCGCACAUGCAAGGAGGGACAGCAGGAUCAUGGGCGCAGAGCUUCAUAGAAACGGAACUCACCAAUGAUGAGUUCCUUUCUUAUGAAAAUUGGAAAGAGUUCAUUGCGAGUGUGAACAAAGCAUUUGGCGAUGAAAAUAUUGAAGAAACCACUCGUACCUUGCUACGUAACAUCAAGCAAGGGACUCGUACCGCGGAUGACUACAUUGCCAAAUUCCGAUCGCUUGAAUUCAAGGCGAAAUUAGAAGAUGCCGGAAAUAUCGAGUAUUUCAAGUGGGGACUUAACGACCCACUCCGACAAAGGAUAUAUGGGAUGAAAAGCAUGCCCAAGACACUUGACAAGUGGUACGAAUAUGCCUCACAGUUUGAUAACCAAUGGAGAUCUGCUCAGAUCUUCAAGCGAGGAGCCACUACGAUGACACGAGGAAAGGGCCGAUCUGUCCAUCGUCCCUACUACUCGACUUCUGCAAAGGAUCCAAAUGCGAUGGAUGUUGAUCAUAUCAAUAUCUCGCGCUUGUCCCCGGACGAACGACAGAGAGAAUGA